CACACUUGCAGGAGUUUAGAGGAACAAACGUAGAUCGGUCGACCUUUUUUGUUUGUUAAAGAAAUAACUUAUUUUCCACGCAUGGAUCUAUGUUGUUCUCUUCUGGGGUUUCGAGGAAGUGCAAUGGUUUGCACUGCCGGGCAUUUUGGAGCGUCCACGGGGAGGCAGAGGCCACACGGACUCCACAGCGCAAAGUUUUAAAAGUGCUUUCCUCGUCAAAGUUGUCGUCUUCACACUCCGAACAGCCCGAACCAUCAUGGCGAGGCGGACCAGGCGGAGCACUUUGCUUUUGACGCCGAAUCCGCGCGCUGCUUUUCGGGAUACACUGCUCGGUCUUCACGGGAGCUUGUCGGCGUGUUUGUGGGGCUUCGCUUUCACGUGCUGUGCUCUUUCUUGUGGAUUUUGUCGGGCAGACACGGAGUUUUCCAUCCUGGAAGAAGCGCAAGUUUUGUCCGAGCAGAUGAAGAAGCUGUCCUCCGAGGAGCUGGGAGUCUUAACCAUGCAGAAGAUUUUCAACUCUUUUGUGUACACCGAGAAGACAUCAAAUGGAGAGACAGAAGUCCAGCAGCUGGCCAAGAAGAUUCGGGAGAAGUUUAAUCGCUACCUCGAUGUGGUGAACAGGAACAAACAGGUGGUGGAAGCCUCAUACACUGCCCACCUUACAUCUCCACUCACUGCAAUACAGGACUGCUGCUCCAUUCCAGCAUCUAUGAUGGAGUUUGAUGGAAAUUUCAACGCCAAUGUGUCCAAGACCAUCUGCUGCGACAGACUUUCACCCACUGUCAACAGCCGAGCUUUCAACCCUGGACGAGACCUCAACUCAGUGUUGGCAGACAACCUCAAGUCCAACCCAGGCAUCAAGUGGCAGUACUUCAGCUCCGAGGAGGGCAUCUUCACAGUCUUCCCGGCCCACAAAUUCCAGUGUAAAGGAAGUUACGAACAUCGCAGCAGGCCUGUGUACGUGUCUGCAGUGCGUCCCCAGUCCAAACAUAUUGUUGUGAUGGUGGAUCACGGAGCGUCUGCAACAGAAACUCAACUGCAAAUUGCCAGGGACUCGGCUCUGGUUAUCCUUAAUGCAAUAGAUGAACAUGACAAGAUUUCCAUUCUGUCAGUAGCAGAGAUGGUUCGCUCCUGCUCCCUUGACCAGUGCUACAAGAGUUUGCUCUCUCCGGCCACCAGCGAGACAAAGAGGAAGAUGAGCACCUUCAUCUCCAACAUCAAAGUAUCCGAUAGCACCACGCAGCAUGCAUCAGGCUUCCAAAGGGCUUUCCAACUUCUCCGAAACACCAGCAGCCUCAGCAGGCAAAGCAGCACCACAGACAUGGUUGUCAUCUACCUGUCAUCUGGCAUCACAUCUCGAGAGUCAUCAGAGCAGGAAAAGAAAGCGACGCUCAGUGUGGUCAAAGAGGAGAACCGAUACUUCAACAACUCUGUCAUGAUCCUCACUUAUGCGCUCAUGAAUGAGGGAGUAACCGGUCUGAAGGAGCUGGCCUUCUUGCGGGACCUGGCAGAGCAGAAUUCGGUUAAGUAUGGCGUUGACCGCUUUCCUGCGGCUUCAUCGUUUGGAUCAGCCGGGGCUCCCAUGAUGCCUGUGGUGAAGGGUAGCAUGAUGGUGCUCAACCAGCUCAGUAACCUGGAGACAACGGUGGGCCGCUUCUAUAUCAACCUGCCCAACCGCAUGAUCGACCUAGCCCGUUUCAGUUUGCCCUACGCUGACCCCAUGGGAGAUGGGUUUAUCAUGACUGUGAGUCGUCCCUGUUACUUUGGUAACCUGCUACUGGGCGUGGUCGGAGUGGAUGUGAAUCUGGCCUACAUUUUGGAGGAUGUCACGUACUAUCAAGACUCUUUGGCUUCAUACACCUUUCUCAUUGACAACAAAGGUUACACCUUGAUGCACCCGUCACUAACCCGGCCUUACCUGAUGACCGAGCCUCCUCUUCACACAGAUAUUAUUCACUAUGAGAAUAUUCCGCGAUUCCAUGUUGUACGACAGAACAUUCUCAACCUCCCAUUGGGCAGUCAGGUUAUUGCUGUUCCAGUUAACUCAUCUUUGUCUUGGCAUACAAACCGCCUCCGAGACAACAGCAAAGACGCAUACAACGUCAGCUACGCCUGGAAACUGGUUCAGGACACAUCUUUCAUUCUAUGCAUAGUGUAUGUGCAGCCAGAGAUUCCGGUAAAACAGCUCAAAAACCUGAACACUGCACCCGGCUCCAAGCUCUUGUACCACCGUUUAGACCUGUUGGGUCAGCCCAGCUCUUGCCUCCACUUUAAACAGCUUGCGACCGUUGAGUCCCCCACAGUGAUGCUGGCAGCUGGGAGCUUCUCCUCUCCGUACGAGCACCUCAGCCAGCCAGAAACAAAGCGCAUGGUGGAGCACUACACCGCCUACCUGAGUGAUAACACCAGGCUCAUCGCCAACCCAGGCCUGAAGUCCUCUGUCAGGAAUGAGGUUAUGGCGACCAGUCACGUCACGGAUGAGUGGAUGACACUAAUGGAAAUGAGUAGCCUCAACUGCUACAUUGUGCGGCGUUACAUAGCAACGCCCAGUGGGGUGCUCCGGAUUUACCCUGGAUCAUUGAUGGACAAAGCCUUUGACCCGACUCGUAGACAAUGGUACCAGCAUGCUGUGGCCAACCCUGGCCUCAUCACCUUCACUGGGCCUUACUUGGACGUGGGUGGAGCAGGCUACGUUGUUACAAUCAGCCACACCAUUCAUGCCUCCAGUUCUCAGAUGGCCCCUGGCUAUGCGGUUGCAGUGAUGGGUGUAGACUUUACCCUGCGUUACUUCUAUAAGGUUCUGUUGGACUUGCUUCCUAUCUGCAACCAGGACAAAGGCACCAAGAUCAGGUGCUUCAUAAUGGAGGACAGAGGUUACCUGGUAGCACACCCCACUCUCAUUGACCCCAAAGGCCAUGCCCCUGCAGAGCAGCAGCACAUCACACACAAGGAGCCAUUGGUUGCCAAUGACAUCCUGAACCACUCCAACUUUGUGAAGAAGAACUUGUGCAACAGCUUCAGUGAUCGCACAGUGCAGCGUUUCUACAAGUUCAACACCAGCAUACUGGGCGACCUAACUAACCUCGUCCACGGCAGCCAUUGCUCUAAGUAUCGUCUGACCAGAAUACCCGGCACCAACGCCUUUGCCGGUAUCGUCAACGAGACGUGUGACUCCCUCGCGUUCUGCGCCUGCAGCACAGUGGACCGCCUUUGUCUCAACUGCCACAGGAUGGAGCAAAAUGAGUGUGAAUGCCCUUGUGAGUGCCCUCUAGAGGUCAAUGAGUGUACCGGCAACCUCACCAGUGCUGAAAACAGAAAUCCAAGCUGUGAGGUACAUCAAGAGCCCAUCAGUUUGAAUGUGAUUGAUCCCAGUCUGCAGGACACACUGCCUCAGUGUAUCAACACCCGCUGUAGCCAAAGAUACACCAGCAGUGACUGUUAUGGCGUUUUGGACUGUGAGUGGUGCAUGGUGGACAGUGAUGGUAAAACCCACCUGGACAAGCCGUACUGUGCCUUGCAGAAGGAGUGCUUCGGGGGCAUUGUUGGUGCAAAGAGCCCAUAUAUGGACAGCAUGGGCAUCAUCGACGAAGAGGCGGCAUCUUUGAACAUGAUCAAGAGUGCCCCUGUGGGUCCAGUUGCUGGGGGUAUUAUGGGAUGCAUCAUGGUGCUGGUACUGGCCGUGUACGCUUACAGACACCAGAUCCACAGGCGCUCUCACCAGCACAUGUCGCCACUGGCAGCACAGGAAAUGUCGGUGAGAAUGUCCAACCUGGAUAACGACAGAGAUGAGCGGGAUGACGACAGCCACGAGGACAGAGGCAUAAUCAGUAACACUCGGUUUAUUGCUGCGGUGAUCGAGAGGCACACACACACACCAGAGCGACGACGAAGGUAUUGGGGAAGAUCUGGCACGGAGAGCGAUCACGGCUACAGCACCAUGAGCCCUCAGGAGGACAGCGAGAACCCACCGGGCAACAACGACCCGCUUUCGGCGGGCGUGGACGUCGGUAACCACGACGACGACCUGGACCUGGACACGCCGCCUCAGACGGCGGCCCUACUCAGCCACAAAUACUACCCCUACCGACACACGCACACGCACCACCACCCGCUGCACACACACCACCUGCAGGCGGCGGUCACCGUGCACAGCGUGGACGCCGAGUGCUGAUCCUUCACGGGGAUAGAACUUGAAAAUAAAUAGAAAUCUAUAGAAAAUAGGUGCUUAUGGAGACAAGAAACUUGUCUUCAGCCUGACCAAGUGUACAUAAAAUGACUCUCGGAAUGGGGACUCUUUUUUUUAAGAGCAACCUUCAGCACAUUAGGAGACGUUCAUCAGCACAACUAAAAACUGUGAAAGGACCAACAGAGCUGGACGCGUCAAGGAGUGGAGCAGAAACAUCCACAGAUUUGCAGGAAUACAAAAAAACCAACUAUUUUUCUACUCCUUAUUUGACGAUUCCUUCAUGAGGGUUCAGUCGAGCCUUAAUCCCCUCCAAAUAUUUUGGUGUUCCUGCAAGUGAGGAGCAAUCUGAUCUAUACAUUUUUUAUUUUUUUCCUAAAGUGUCGCAAAAGUUUCAAGACGGAUGACGUGAGAGGCAUUGCUCAAACGACGUGUCUACGAAGAGAUCCUGCGCUGUUUUGCUCCCCAACUCGCUGGACCGGGUUCUGAAGAAGAGUGGAGUCUGGAGCAGGGGUAGGGAACCUGUGGCUGGCGAGCCAGAUGUGGCUCUUUUGAUGACUGCAUCUGGCUCUCAGAUAAAUCUUAGCUGACAUUACUUAACACGAUAAGUAAUGAAUAAUUCCGCCGGAAAUCACAGUGUUAAAAAUAACGUUAAAACUAUAAAUCAUUGUCAUGCAUUUUAAUCCAUCCAUCCGUUUUCUACCGCACCUGUUCAAGGUUGCCGCUGGCUCAGCCAAUCCCAGCUGUCCUUCGGGGUAAUGGUAAGAAGUAUUUUAUUUAUUAUUGGUUAGCUUCAGAAUAACAAUGUUAUUAAAAAUAAUAAGAGACUUAUUAUACUCUAAAAAUGUUGGUUUUACUUAAAGGGGAACAUUAUCACCAGACCUAUGUAAGCGUCAAUAUAUACCUUGAUGUUGCAGAAAAAAGACCAUAUAUUUUUUUAACUGAUUUCCGAACUCUAAAUGGGUGAAUUUUGGCGAAUUAAACGCCUUUCUAUUAUUCGCUCUCGGAGCGAUGACGUCACGUUGUGACGUCACAUCGGGAAGCAAUCCGCCAUUUUCUCAAACACAUUACAAACACCGAGUCAAAUCAGCUCUGUUAUUUUCCGUUUUUUCGACUGUUUUCCGUACCUUGGAGACAUCAUGCCUCAUCGGUGUGUUGUCGGAGGGUGUAACAACACGAACAGGGACGGAUUCAAGUUGCACCAGUGGCCCAAAGAUGCGAAAGUGGCAAGAAAUUGGACGUUUGUUCCGCACACUUUACCGACGAAAGCUAUGCUACGACAGAGAUGGCAAGAAUGUGUGGAUAUCCUGCGACACUCAAAGCAGAUGCAUUUCCAACUGGACUGGACAGAUCAGCUUUCAGGAAAAGAGAGCGGAUGAGGGUAUGUCUACAGAAUAUGUUAAUUGAUGAAAACUGGGCUGUCUGCACUCCCAAAGUGCAUGUUGUUGCCAAAUGUAUUUCAUAUGCUGUAAACCUAGUUCAUAGUUGUUAGUUUCAUUUAAUGCCAAACAAACAUACCAAUCGUUGGUUAGAAGGCGAUCGCCGAAUUCGUCCUCGCUUUCUCCCGUGUCGCUGGCUGUCGUGUCGUUUUCGUCGGUUUCGCUUGCAUACGGUUCAAACUGAUAUGGCUCAAUAGCUUCAGUUUCUUCUUCAAUUUCAUUUUCGCUACCUGCCUCCACACUACAACCAUCCGUUUCAAUACAUGCGUAAUCUGUUGAAUCGCUUAAGCCGCUGAAAUCCGAGUCUGAAUCCGAGCUAAUGUCGCUAUAGCUUGCUGUUCUAUGCGCCAUGUUUGUUUGUGUUGGCAUCACUGUGUGACGUCACAGGAAAAUGGACGGGUGUUUAUAACGAUGGUUGAAAUCAGGCACUUUGAAGCUUUUUUUAGGGAUAUUGCGAGAUGGGUAAAAUUUUGAAAAAAACUUCGAAAAAUAAAAUAAGCCACUGGGAACUUAUUUUUAAUGGUUUUAACCCUUCUGAAAUUGUGAUAAUGUUCCCCUUUAAAAAUGCACGCAUUUAGUUGUAUUCAGUGUUAAAAAAUAUUAUAUGGCUCUCAUGGAAAUACAUUUUAAAAUAUUUGGCUUUCCUGGCUCUCUUGGCCAAAAAGGUUCCCGCCCCCUGGUCUGGAGUCUAUUGUUCUGGAACUUUUCUGACGCCUGUGGCCUUUGGGUUGGACGAGUCUGAACUCGAGUAAUACUGGGCGUGGCCUGGAUACUCAUAAGCGGGGUGCUGCUCAGUGACCCCUAGUGGUCUACUAGGAGAACUGUGCUCGCUUCUUCCUUAGCAACAUGUCACAUUUUGUACAGUCAAAAGUUUAUGAUGGACACUCCUUUUCAUUUAGGAAGAAUGAGAGGGAAAGAUGCUGCUGGUGUUCAAAGGAGACAGCCCCUCUGUGAUUAACCACUCAAAAGUGUGCGUGCGUGCGUGUGUGUGUUGGAACUGGACCAUUUGUGUAUUUCUCCUCAAGAUUGUAUUAUAGGAGUGGCUCUCGGACUACUUUCACCAAGUACCGCCUCAGAAAAAACCUUCUCCAUAAUGACCCACAUGAAUAUGCAGUACCAUAAUAGGCCCAAAUGUUCAUUUAAAAGAAGGCUAAAGUAAAUUACACACAGUUUGAACAGUAACACUGUGUUUGAAAAAUGAUAAAACACUGUACUUUAAUCAAGUGAUUCUUUGGCAUACCACUAGAUGGAGCCUGCCUACCACUCGUGGUUCACGUACCACAGUUAGAGAAUGAUUAUAUAUUAUAGCAUAUACUGUAGAUCCGGUGAUGCAAAGAGUCAGUGGCUUCCAUUGUUCUUUUUGCCUUCAAGGUACAUAAACUGAUGCAAAAUAGUUAUGAGAGUUCUUUACACUCCAUUUUUUGUUGCUGAGAAGUCCUGAUGAUGCUCUGUUUGCGUACGUCGUCUUCUGUACUUUAAGUUCAUUCUUCUUCAGGUCCAUAUUGGAUGGAAUACUUAUUUUUACAGGAGCUUUAUAAAAUGUUACCGUGUAUCUUCUAAGCUGGUCUCUCCAAACAACGUAUUGUAGAUACGCUAAAUGAAGCGGUACAUGAUUUUUGUGCAGGAGAGGACUUUUAUUCUGCCUCAAGAUUGCAUUCAUUUGUCUCUAGUAUCCUCCUCAUCUUUGAGAAUAUGAAAGUUGUAGAAUUACCAGAAUAAAUUAGGAAUGAAAGUCAUAUUUUUUCAAAAACAAAGUUGCAAUAUUACGUGCUUGAGGUAUCUGUUAAAAUUUUCGGAGUCUAAAAAAAAUCGAUUCUCAACGGGAUUCAUCAUUUUCAAAAAUCGAUAAACAUUUUUUAAGAAUCAGUUUUCAAAAAUACGUCUUUACUCAUUGUGAAUGUACAGUGGGAAUGGGAUUCGUCACGGUUUAUCCGACACAUGAAACGUGACAAAUGGGAGAGUGGGCGUGCACUAUCCACUUUAGCCGCCUGAUAGCAGUAGAGUGAGGAAUAUCUUAAAAUGUGUUUUGUAGCAAUUCUAACUUUGACCACAGCGUCAGUUGCUAUGUAGAGUGGUGCUUUCCAUCGUUUUCACCUGACUGCAUUGCUAAAUGAUUAACACCUCCACAUCCAGGAAUGGGGCCAUAUGAAUCCCUUCCCUACUGUAUGCCAUACACCAGCAGCCAAGAGGAGCUUUUGUCACCUGGUUUGAAAAGGUUCUUAUUAUAUAAUUUUAUACCAAACAAUAUAUUAUGAGAAUCUUUUUUAAUUAAGAAUCGAUUAAAUGUCUAACUUUCGCCCCAAAAAUCUGUAUUUCAUCAUGAGUUGUUGUAGGGUCCACAUUCCUAAAAAAAUUACAUUUUGCAUAUAACUUUUUUUUUUCUUGUAAUUUUACAAUUUUCUUAUUUUCAAUUUGGCCCAUGUAUGUCUUAUUUUAUUAUUAUUUUUCUCCACUAAUGCUGACCCUGCUUAUUGACUUUUUGGGCUUUAGUUUUCUGAUAGAGACAAAUAAAGUAAAGUCAAUGCAUUUUAAAUAAUAUUACAAACUUGUGUUUGGGCAUUUACAACUUUUUAUCUUUUUUAAAAAAUUUAACAAAGUUUUUCAAUCGUGUUGACCACCUGUUUCAUGUGUGUGCCUGCGAGCGUGUGUGUACAGAAGUAACACUUAUUUCAUGUACUGAAGGAUCUCUCAUGUAUCAUAUAAAGUUAUCAAAUGGAAUGUGAAUGUGAUAAAGUUCUU